GUUCUUUCCCCUUCAGACUUCGCUGGGGACUCAGUCAGAGAGGAGAAGCAGCAGCAGCAUCUUGGAGAGUGUUUUGGAUCCUUUCUUCUUUUUCUAACUGGAGUCUCUUGCUUGCCUUUUUCUGGACUAUUUGCAAACUUGAACCCUGAGCCGGUUGUGUGGAUAAGACGCCUCUUUUGUUGUUGCUCUUCAUUUUUUUCCUUCCCACAAUCUCCACUUUUGCCUGCUUUGGAGCAUUAUGACUCUGGAGGAAAUCCACGGCCAGGAAGCAAUGCCUGAGACGAGCGACAGCAGCAGCACCACCAGCAGUGCCGCAACCAGCAGUCUGAUGCAGAGCGCCGGAAAAGCUCUCCAGGAGCUUCUGGUGUCUUCCCACCGCCGGGGCUGCCUCACCGCCGGUGUCUACGAAUCUGCCAAGCUGAUGAAUGUUGACCCAGAUACUGUUGCCUUCUGUGUGCUGGCUGCUGAUGAGGAGGACGAGGGGGACAUUGCCCUCCAGAUCCACUUCACCCUCAUCCAGGCUUUCUGCUGCGAAAACGACAUUGACAUUGUGAGAGUGAAUGACAUCCAGAAGUUGGCUGCAAUUGUAGGGGCUGUCAGCGAGGAAUCUGGGGAGCCACGGGACCUCCAUUGCAUCCUCAUCACGAAUCCCACUGAGGAUGCCUGGAAGGAUCCUUCCUUGGACAAGCUGAACUUGUUUUGUGAGGAGAGUCGAAAUGUCAAUGACUGGGUUCCCAACAUCACUCUGCCUGAGUGAUGGUGAUGAUACGUAAGAAAGCCUAAUGCAUGAGGAGAGGUUGAAACCUUUUGUUGCAUUACUCAUCCGGGGAGUUGCACAUUUGGGCAACCCAACGAGUGGCUGAUUUCUGGAGAUUAGCCUGGUCAACAGCUUGGAUUAAGUCAUUCAGAACAGCACGCGCUGGGUUCUUGUGGAGAAAGGAGAAGCAAAGAAGGGGAGUGGCUGAUGCCCUGGUGUUCCCCCGACUACGAUGCAGCCCUGGAGAAGCUGGCAUAUCGAUGGAGCUGAAGAACUGCACGUUUUUCUUACUUAAAAAAAGGAGUAGAAAGAGGAAGAUACUUUUGCAGGUUUCCUGGUCAGGUGGAACGUUUAUACUAUGAAAGCAAUGGAGAAAGUUGGAAAACUGGACACAGAUGGUAUGGGAAGGUAUGGACAUGGAAAGCUUGAUGCGGGAGAGCUAUAGCCCUCAAGAGACUGGAAGCUGAAAAGACUUUGUUAUCCUUACAUUUCUACAAAGACUUUGACAAAGUGAUCUAUUGGAGGCCUUUGGACUGUUGUCUGCACUGGCAACCAAUUUUGCAAUAAUUCUUUUUAAUUAAAGUUCUUGCUGCUAUUGAAGAUCUUAUACAUUUUUAUAAUAAAUUUUGACAACUAAA